AUGACCACUGUUCCACAGAAAUUGGCCAAACUUCUGCUUUGUGGCACUGAGUUGGUGACAAAUAUCCAGGUGGCCACAGAUACCAGAGAGAUCAACAGGAGAGUGGAAGAAGAGGAAAUAAAGCGUCAGAGAAUUGAGAAGCUAGAGAAUGAAGUUAAGACAAGCCAGGACAAGUUCGACGAAAUUACCGCAAAGUGGGAAGAGGGCAAACAGAAGAAAAUCCCCCAGGACCUGUGGGAGAUGCUCAACUCUCAGCAGCUGCACUGUGCUGGGCUGAUAGAGGAUAAGAACAAGCUUAUCAGCGAGUUACAGCAGGAGUUAAAAACAAAGGAUGACCAGUAUGUGAAGGAUUUGAAGAGACAAUCAGAUGACAUCUGCCUGCUUCUAGAGAGGAUGGAAGAACAAGUGAAGAAUGUAAUGAAAACCUUUCGCCAGGAGCUCCAUCACAUUGAGAAAGCAUUUGAAGUGGAACGACAGGAGCUACUGACCAAUAAUAAGAAGAAAUGGGAGCGGGCACUGCAGGCUCACAAUGCCAAAGAGUUGGAGUAUCUCAUGAACCGCAUUAAGAAAGUAGAGGACUACGAGAGGGAGCUAAACAGGCAGAGGAUCUGGGAUUGCGAAGAGUAUAACAUGAUCAAGAUCAAGCUGGAGCAGGAUGUGCAGAUUCUUGAGCAACAGCUUCAGCAGAUGAAGGCAACUUAUCAGCUAAACCAAGAGAAGUUAGAGUACAACUUCCAGGUGCUGAAGAAGAGAGACGAAGAGAGCACAGUGAUCAAAUCCCAGCAGAAGAGGAGGAUUAACCGCCUGAAUGAUGUACUUAACAAUCUGAGAUCAAAAUAUGCCAAGCAGAUAAAGCAGUUUCAGGAGGAGAACCAGUCCCUCACCUUGGACUACAAGCGCCUUGUGAUGCAAUUCAAGGAACUACAGAAAGCCAUGAGGCAUUUUGCUCUUAUUGAUGAGAAGAAGUUUCGGGAGAUUUGGCUGAUGAAUGAAGACGAGGCGAAGGAUCUAAUAAGCAGAGCCUUUGCUGUAGACAGGAUCAUCCACACCCACCACCUGGGGCUCCCCUGGACAGAACCUGACUUCUUGUUUCUGAAGAACGUGGGGCCUCUCUCCCAGCAGCCACAGAAGAGUGCCACCCAGGUAGUGGAGGAGGUGCUGAUGCAAACAGAAGAUGAGGUAGAAGAGGCCGCCUCAGAUCUAGCAUCUUACCUGGACUUGCCAAAGCAAGUUUCUGCCAAGACUACCAAGAAGAUCCUGAUGCUUCUGUGUGAUGAGUCGGGUUUCCUCAUAGAGAGCAAGCUGCUAAGCCUCCUCCUUCCCCUGGAGAAGAGCGAGUGCUAUCUGCUGAGGCUGGACGCCAUCUUCUCCGCCCUUGGAAUUGAAAGUGAGGAUGACUUGUAUAAACUGGUGAACUUCUUCAUUAAAUACCGAGCUCAUCAUCUGUCCAUCAGCCAGGCCAAGCCCCCCCUUCAAGCAAGUGUGCAGCAGUUGAGCGUGGUGUCAGAACAGGAGAUGGAUAUGCUGGAGGAAGAGGAAGAGACCCUGGUGAAGGACAGGGAGCAGGAGGAGAGCCUCGUGGAGGAGGGGGAACAGGAGGAGAGCCCGGUGGAGCAGGUGGAGCAGGAAGAAGAGAAAGAGAGCCCGCCCUCUCCCAACCUCAUCCACCCCAAUGACGUCCUCAAGACCCUGGAGGCCUUUGUCAUGGGUGUGAAUAAGCCUAGGGAAUUGAGGGGACCAGUGAGGGUGCCAAAGGUUGAGUGCAAUGACUCCAAGGACUCUGAGUACUGGCUGGCCUUGACCACGGUUAUCCCUCCCACCAAGCAGAAUCUCUGGGAUGCUUUCUACACAGCCUUGCAGAAAUACCACCUUGUGCUAACCCAGAGGGCCAAGCUGCUGAUGGAGAAUGAGGCUCUGGAGCAGCAGAACACAGAACUCCAGAUGCUGCUUCAACAGUAUCUGGACUCCAAGAUAAACUCUGAGCUUCAAGUUCCUCCAACCCAGGUGUUCAGGAUGCCCACAAAAUAGAGCUGGCCCGCUGCAGGCUGAUGUGAUAGGGCUGACACUGGCGUUGGUGCUGGGACUGGCACGUCCCACCCAGGGAACUGUACCUGGGCCUGUUAUCUGGAUUUUCCAGAGUCGUCUUUAUAGCCAGUCAAAAUAAGGCAGAAGGAGGAGUUACCUGUA